AAUAAAACGUUAACUUUUUCUUCCCAUCUGAAUGAUAAUUUUUUCGAUGGUUCAGUCCUCUGUGAGUGUUCGCAAGCGUCAAGUUCAGUGUAAACACGGAAAGCCAAUCAAGCAGGAUCAGACCAACAAACUUAGCAUGCGUCCGAGACAGCCUCUGGGUCUGCUGUUCUACUUCUGUGGCAGCUCCGUGGUCUUUAUGGUAUUCGGGAUCCUCCUGCUGGGCCUGUGGUCCGUCCUCUACCACGCCAUCUUGCGUUCCCAGAUGGUCCUCAAGCCCAACAACAAGGCCUUCGAUAUUUGGGUGAAGAAUCCCGUGCCGCUCACCCUCAAGUUCCACAUCUUCAACUGGACCAAUCCGGAAGACAUCCACAAUGCCACAGUGAAACCAAGGUUUGUGGAACUAGGACCUUAUUAUUACGUGGAGACCAAAGAGAAGACCAACAUAACGUGGAAUGCGAAUGAUACGAUAUCUUUCAAACAUUUGAAAACAUGGUGGUAUGACCAGAGCAGAAGUAAUGGAAGUCUUUCAGAUCCUUUUACCACAAUCAACCCCAUUUCUCUGUCUGCAGCCUAUACAGCCAGAUACUGGAACUACGUAGUAAAAAGAGGCCUAUCUUUUUCCCUCCAAUCCAUGGUACAGUCUAUAUCAGUCACCCAUUCCGUAGGUGAAACACUCUUCGACGGAUACGAAGAUUCUUUGAUGGCUGUGGCUGCUAAACUGCCUUUCCUGUCCAAAAAUAACCUGCCCUUCUCGGAUAAGUUUGGUUGGUUUUACGGUAGGAAUGGUUCCGAAGAUUAUGAAGGUGUUUAUAAUAUGAAUACAGGAGUUGAUGGUCGACUAGGAGAGCUGAACUCUUGGAGAAACAUGAACCAAAGUACAUAUUAUCCAGGGAAAUGCGGUGUCAUAAACGGAGGCUCAGCUGGGGAAUUCUUUCCGACUGAUCUCAAGAAAGACGAAGUGGUGAGGUUUUUUUCUUCAGACAUGUGCAGAUAUUUGGAGUUAGAGUUUGAAGAAGAAGUCAUCAUCGGCGGAUUGGUUGGAUACAAAUAUUCAGCUGGAGAACGUUUCCUAGAUAAUGGGACGAAUAUACCUGAAAACAAAUGCUAUUGUGAUGGGAACUGCAUGCCUUCUGGUGCCUUGAACGUUUCGCUUUGUAAGCACGGAUCACCAGCAUUCAUAUCUCUACCUCAUUUUUACAAAGCAGACCCCUAUUACAUCAACUCUGUUGACGGAUUGAAUCCGAGUAAAGAGAAAAGCGAGUUCUUCAUGAUAUUUGAACCAAACACUGGGAUACCAUUGCAAGUGUCGGUUAAGCUUCAACUCAAUCUACGCCUAGAACCAGUCGAUGGGAUUACAUUAUAUUCGGAAGUACCAACCAUAUACCUUCCAGUGCUGCAUUUUGAGCAAGCCGUUAUCAUACCUGAAAACAUGUUGUUCCUACUAAAACUACUAGUCAACUUCAAAGUGAUAUGUUACGCAGUAGGCAUUCUGUGCGUGGUCCUAGGUAGCAUAAUAUGUUUGUGCAUAUCCUACAAAAUCUCCUCAUCGAAAUUUUUCAAAAAGAGGAAGCAGAACAAGGCUAUAAUUCAAGAGGAAAUGCCUCUCAAACAGUGAUAUGAAUGAAACCAUGAGUUUCAUAUCUCAAUGGGUGUCCUAUCUUUAUUAGAUGAAAUUACUCCAUUCCAUAUUGAAACGGUCUAUGUGAGAUUUUGAAUAUGGUAUAACGUAUUAUUUCGAAUGACAACUGACUUCCUGUAUAUCUUGUAUAUAUGUAUAUAAUUUGUAUUGUAAUUGGCUAUUAUUCUGGAGCCACCUAGAAUGUAAUUUUCAAGAAAAUUCUAAUCGAAGACUGCAUACAUAUAUCUUAAUUUUUAUACAUAUUCAACUCACAUACGUUCGAAUAUUUGUGUAAUACACAAUUUCCUAUAUUUUUUUAUGUGAUUUAGAUUGUUAGUGUGCCUUUAUAUUAAAUAUAUGAUUUUUUAAUUUGUUUUAAAAAUAA